AUGAGCGGUGGUAGGAUCCUUACGUUUGUGACCAGCAACGAAAACAAGUUGCGGGAAGUGAAGCGAGUCCUGAGUCCUGCGUGGGAGGUAACUUCAGCGAACAUAGAACUGCCCGAAUAUCAAGGCGAGCCUUCGCAGAUCACUGUCGAAAAGUGCAAAAUGGCUGCAGAGAUUCUGAAACGACCACUGAUUGUCGAAGAUACAUGUCUUUGCUUUAAUGCUUUCGGCGGUCUUCCGGGUCCGUAUAUCAAGUGGUUUUUGCAGAAGUUGGGAACGCAAGGUCUGUAUAAUCUACUGAAUUUUUGGGAAGACAAAAGUGCUUAUGCAUUAUGCACGUUCGCCUACUAUGAUGGGAACGACAUGCAGAAUAUACAAGUGUUUCAAGGUCGCACCGAUGGGAAAAUUGUAGCUCCUCGAGGACCAGCGUAUUUUGGUUGGGAUCCUUGUUUCGAGCCGAACGGAUGGUCUCAUACUUUUGCAGAAAUGGGUCCAGAAAAGAAAGUUCUUAUCAGUCAUAGGACGAGAGCUCUUGAAAAACUGCGCAGCGCUCUACUGCAAGAAUAG